CGGAACUCCAGGGCAGCCAUGACUUGAACACGAGAGAACGUAAACGCCGCGGUUGCGGGGAUAACUCCGGGCAAACCGGUUCCUGGAGGAAAAUAGAGGAGACUUGCUCAAUAUGGCUCCGGAUGCCUCCGAUCGGCUUUUUUUGUGUCUUGAUCGAGUCUGAGGACUUCAGGGGGAUCUAAAAGCCACCAAAGAACAGCUGCAGUGCAGGAUUUGUUCGCCACGCUCGGUGAUAAUGUAGAAAAAAUGACCCCCCACAUGAAGUCACGAGUGACGUCGGCAAAGCCCUGAGGCCGGGCCGUCAUUGAAACUAGCCAUCAUUGCCACCUGUCGUCUGGUGCUCUACCCCAAUUCCCCACAUUCUCGAUUGUGACUUCUAUUCUCAUACGCUCAUCUAGAUUGGACAGCGAUCGACCACUCAGCGACUCCGCAUAGACUUACAGAACAUCAGUGCAUAUCUUCGAAGCUCGGAAGCCUGCCUGUUUGACGCGUGCGAUCGGUGGUCCAAGCCAUGAGUCCAGCUAGGGAGCGCUUAUCGAGAGGCGUGCUGCCGGGGUGUGCGAGGGGCGGGGACCUCUUGUUCUUACAGCAUUAGACAUGCGCGUGAGAACAGCCGGCCGUAAGCCGACCCCAUGACCUGGCUCAUCAGUUUGGGUUAUUUUUAUCCGGCUUGUUAUUCAUUUUUGUAACCAACUUAUCCCCGCUGAGCGGUGGGUCCCGACCUAUAAAGUGGGCCGGAGUAACUCCUCUCAUGGCAGCUGGAUUUUUUCUCGCUCUCCAACGACCCCACCUCCAUGUCGCACGAAAAGACCAUCGACGAGAAGCAGCUGGAGGCUCAGAUCGAGCACGGCUCGCGCUCUGCCUCUGUCCUCGACAUCGACCCGCAGGAGGAGCGCCGACUGGUGCGCCGACUCGACUUGAGGAUCCUGCCCAUCACCUGCCUGCUGUAUCUUUUUGCGUAUCUCGACCGCUCGAACCUGGGAAAUGCGCGGCUACAGGGGAUGCCCGCCGACACGCUGCACGGCGACCCGACCGGCAAACUCUUCGACUGGGUCAACUCCGCGUUUUUCUUCUCCUACAUCUUAUGUCAAGUUCCGGCCACGGUCGUCUCGAAGCUGUUCCCGCCGCGCAUCUGGCUGGCGUGUGUCGCCGUUGGCUGGGGCAUCAGCUCGACUCUGAUGUCCACGGCCUUCAACCUGCCUGGUCUCGUGGUCGCUCGCGUGUUCCUGGGUAUUUUUGAAGCUGGGUUCGGACCCAUGAUCCCGGUCUACUUUUCGUUCUUCUAUACCAAGGAGGAGAUGGGUGUUCGGAUGGCCUACUGGUUCGGCUUCGCCGCGGUGGCCGGCGCGUUCGGCGGUCUGAUCGCGUUCGGCGUGUCUCAUGCUCAUGCGGCCCUCCACAAUUGGCGCCUGCUGUUCAUCAUCGAGGGUCUUCCCCCGCUUGUUCUGGCGGUUGUGACGGUCAUGUUCCUCCCUAACCGGCCUGAAUCGACAACCUUUUUCAACGAACGCGAACGUGCCAUUGCGCUCAACCGCAUGAAUCGAUCUACCAGUGGAGACUCUGGAGCCGUUGUCAACAAAGGUCACAUUAUUAUGGCACUCUUGGACUGGCGGGUCUACGCGGGUGGAGCCAUCUAUUUCGGUCUCAACACGGCGCUCGCAUCGAUUUCUGCGUUCUUGCCGACCAUCAUCAAGACCUUUGGCUACACCAAUGCGAACGCCCAGCUGUUCACGGUGCCGCCCUAUGCCUGUGCAGCAGUGAUGUUGAUCAUCUUCUCCUAUGCGUCGGACCGCCUGCAAGUGCGCGGCGUUUUCAUGGCUGCGUCGUGCUUCAUCUCAGGCAUCGGAUACGUCAUCCUCCUCACUGUGAUCAACGUCCACGCACGCUACUUCGCCGUGUUCUGCAUCGUCGCCGGGACCUACACAACCAUCGGGCUGACGAUCGCGUGGUUCGCGCACAACCUUGGCUCCGAGACUAAGCGUGCUACGGGCAUCCCGAUGUUCAUGGCCAUUGGCCAAUGCGGCAGUAUCCUGGGGUCCCAUUUGUUCCCGCUGAACCAGUCGCCGCGGUAUCUGCAAGGCUUCGGUGUGUCUUGCGCUCUGGCCUUCCUCGCAGGCGUGCUUUCGCUCGUUCUCUCGAUGUCAUAUCGCCUCGAGAACGCCGAGCGAGACAGAUUGUACGGCAAACCCGAGCCCAACUCGAAAGUCGAUACCAGGGAAUUGGCCGACAAGGCUCCCAAUUUCCGCUACGUCCUCUAAUGUCCUACAUCAAGUAAUGCAAUGUAGUUUUAGGAAUGUCUCAUGAUUCUCAAUGCAAGCGCUCUGCGUCGCUACA